AUGGCUUCCUCCAAUUCCAGAACUAAGUGCUCUCUGUCCUUGUUCUUCUUCUGCAUCAUUAUUUUUCAUGUUAUCAUACCACGUGCAACACCCCUCUCCUUCAGCUUCAACUUUUCCGAUCCGGACACUUACGUGUCGAAUAUCAAAUUCCUGUCCGACGCUUCCCCAAACGGUACCGUCAUCAAUCUUACGAAGGACACGCGCAGCAGUCCCAUCACCUACAGCCAAGGCCGAGCGGUGUACAGUAAUCCAGUUCUUCUUUGGGACAACGCCACGGGCGAGGUGGCUAGCUUUCAUACUAGCUUCUCUUUCGUCAUCCAAGCCACGGACGCGAGCCACGGGGACGGGCUAGCUUUCUUCCUCUCCCCUUACCUGUUGGCGGUCCCUUCUCACUCAGAUGGCGGCUCCCUUGGCCUCUUCAACGGUGGAACCGCUCUGAACGCAACGCAGAAUCAGUUGGUGGGGGUCGAGUUCGACACCUUCCAGAAUGCCUGGGAUCCGAGCGACUAUCACAUUGGUAUUGAUAUCAAUUCCAUCAACUCUACCGUGUCCAGGAACUUGCCGAAUAUCACCAGAAGCUUCACCCGCGCGACAGUGUCAAUCGACUACGAUAACACUACGAAAAAUUUGAGUGUCUUGCUUUCUUACGACGGUAAUCCGAACUACACGAGUCCUUUCAGCCUCUCUUACCCUGUUGAUUUGAAGGCAAUACUACCCCAGGAGGUGGCCGUCGGCUUCGCAGCUGCCACUGGAGCCGCCGUCGAGCUGCAUCAGAUCCUGUACUGGAAUUUCAGCUCAACUUUGGACGGGAAGAGUAGUCAUACGAAUCCGAGCCCACCAACACAACCGGUCCCUCCGCUGACUUACUCUAGCAAAAGUAAUGUCGGCGUUGCGGCCGGACCGGCUUCUGGCGCAGUUGCUCUGCUCUGUUUGGUUGCGGUGGUUCGGUUUCUUUCGUCGCAUAAGAAGGCCGCCACAGUGGCGGAAGAAGAAGGCAGCAUGGUUGACGAGGAUGAUCUGAUCGACGAUGAGUUCGAGAGAGGUAGGGGACCCCAGAGGUUUCCUUACAGCGAAUUGGUUGCCGCAACAAACAACUUCGACGAGGCAGAGAAGCUUGGGCAGGGCGGCUUUGGUUCCGUGUACAAAGGGUUCCUGAGGUCCGCAAACCUUCCCGUAGCCAUCAAAAGAAUCUCCAAGGAGUCGAAACAAGGACUGAAGGAGUACACGUCUGAGAUUAAUACGAUAAGCCGACUGCGGCAUCGGAAUCUGGUGCAGCUCAUAGGCUGGUGCCACAGACGCGGAGAUUUCUUGCUGGUUUACGAGUUGAUGCCCAACGGAAGCCUCGAUUCCUAUCUCUACAGUGAAGAGAGGCUUCUGCCGUGGACUGCGAGAUACAACAUAGCACAAGGCUUGGCCUCCGCUUUGCUGUAUCUUCACACCGAGUGGGAGCAGUGCGUGGUGCACCGGGACAUCAAGUCGAGCAACAUCAUGCUGGAUUCGUCGUUCGGCGCCAAGCUCGGCGACUUCGGGCUGGCGCGGCUCGUCGACCACGACCGCGGCUCGCAAACAACGGUUCCGGCGGGCACCUUGGGAUACCUGGCCCCCGAAUGUUUCAUCACCGGAAAGGCCAGUAAGGAGACCGACAUCUUCAGCUUCGGCGUCGUCUUACUCGAAAUCGCUUGCGGGAGAAAGUGCAUAGUCCAGACGGAGGAUCGGAGCAAAGUUAGCCUGGUUGAGUGGGUCUGGGAACUGUAUGGAAGGAACUCAGUUCUUGAAGCAGCCCACGAGCAUCUCAACGGCGAUUUCGAAGAACCAGAAAUGGAGAGAUUGAUGGUUGUGGGGUUAUGGUGCGCCCACCCAGAUUAUAAUCGACGACCGUCGAUCCAACAAGCAAUCGACGUUUUGCGCUUCGAAAUUCCCUUGCCUGCUCUUUCUCCUAAGAUGCCGGAGCUGGUGUUCGUGCCGCUGACCGAUCUAUCAAAUUUCUAUUAUACCUUCUCGUCUUCUACUGGAACAUCAAUCGGUGGCGUUUCUUAUAUUUCUUCUAACUAACCACUGCAUCUUUAUCCUCCUCAUCUUGGCUACUGAAAAUUUGACAUUGUGCAUGUUGCAAUUUGCUUUCUUUCUUCUUCUUUUUCAAUAUAUGUUUUGACGUUUUAGUGCGAUUGUGAGUAAUAUGGAUUUUACUUUACGUUCCUCAGCAACGGUACUAGGAAUAAAGCAACAGUGCCAAUCCAAGCUUUGCUUUCCGAGGAACGUUAU